AUGGCCUUCUUCACCGACCUAUGGCACCGCAUCUGGAACACCACUCUGGACCACAGGAACAAGCUGACGACAACGGGUGGCUUCCUCAUUGGCAUCAUCGUCACCUUGGGCUUCAAGGACUUCUAUCCCGAUCUCGAGGCAUCCUUCCGCCAACGUCUACGCAGUCUGCGAGGUCUCAGCGUCCCUCAGAUACUCCCUGGUCAGGCUGAUUACGUCCGACUCGAAGACCACACCAAGCAGACGUCGUCUUCUUUGCAUCCCGAUGCUCUCGACUCCAGGCGAAGUUGGCAGGAUGCCAUUCCAGAGGGCAUCGAGGGCUUGAUUGGCAAUACGCCUCUGAUCAAGCUCAAAGCUUUGAGUGAGGCUACCGGGUGCGAGAUCCUCGGCAAGGCAGAGUAUCUCAAUGGCGCCGGCAACUCGCCCAAAGACCGAGUGGCGCUGUCCAUGAUCAACCUGGCCGAAGAAGAAGGCUUGAUCAAGCCGAACCGCGGAGACACCAUCUAUGAGGGCACUGUCGGCUCUACUGGCAUUUCCCUCGCCGCCGUGUGUCGCGCCAGAGGCUAUCAAGCGUACAUCUGCAUGCCCAAUGACCAAGCGUCCGAAAAGUCCGAACUCCUCCUCCGACUGGGUGCAACAGUCGAGCGAGUCAAGCCGGCAUCGAUCGUGGAUCAAGCCCAAUUCGUCAACAUGGCGCGAAAGCGCGCUCGCGAACAUACAGAGAAUCCCAACAAACCCGGCAAAGGCUUUUUCGCAGAUCAGUUCGAGAACAGUGCCAACUACAUCGCACAUCAAACCAGCACGGGCCCCGAAAUCUAUCAGCAGACUGGUGGCCAGCUCGAUGCCUUCGUUGCCGGCGCAGGCACAGGCGGCACCAUCUCCGGCGUGGCACUCGCUUUGAAGCCUCAGCUCCCCAACGUCAAGAUCGUGCUCGCGGAUCCGCAAGGCUCAGGCCUCUACAACAAGGUCAAAUACGGCGUACUAUUCAGUCCCACCGAGGCGGAAGGCACCCGCCGCCGGCAUCAAGUCGACAGUAUCGUCGAAGGCAUCGGCAUCAAUCGCUUGACGGCCAACUUCAGCGCAGGCAUGGAGCUCAUCGACGACGCGGUGAAGGUCAGCGAUGUGCAGGCGAUGAAGAUGGCGAGGUGGCUAGUGGAGAACGAAGGCCUGUUCCUAGGCGCGAGCAGUGCGGUCAAUUGCGUUGCUGCGGCGGAGCUGGCGAAGCGCAUGGAGCCGGGAUCGAGGAUUGUCACCAUCCUCUGCGAUCCGGGCUCGAGGCAUUUGAGCCGGUUUUGGAAGGCGGCGGGCGAGUUGAAGCCGGAGGAGUGUACGUUUGAGGGGAUCCUGGGACGGGAUUGA